GCUCAGACUACCAAUGUACGCGAGUUCAAGGAGUCGUGAAGGUGUACUUAAAAGCCAGUUGUCACGCGGACUUUAAGGGUUCUGCAUUGGAGAAAAAGUGCUUCGGUGAGGAUGAGCCAUUUUCAAAUAUUCCCUGCUACGAUGGCAUUAAAGGUAUACAUUACAAGAACAAAUAUUGCGCCGAGUGUGACUUCGUUCAAGCACCAAAGUUUUGGAGACCAAGAAUCGAAUGCAUUAAUGGUAAUAUUAAUUUGGACAAUUUACAUGUCGGGAGCUUGAAUAUCCCUCGAAUCAUGGAACUGAUUCGGGAUUUGAGAUAUCUUGGUAGGGGGUGUAGAUACGAC